GAUAGGGUGGCCCGCGAUGUACAGGUGCCCGAUCUGUUACAGCACUCGGUUAAUGCUAGCGUAUGGGCCGAUAAGUAUCCUAACCCUCUACUCGACGCCAAUAAGGCUUUUGAUAAAUUGACCGAGGUAGAAGUGAUUGGCAUGUCGAUGAGCAUGUUGGGCGCCGGAUACGAGACCACUGCGUCCCAGUUGUGUUACAUAACUCGCAUACUUGCGCUCAAACCCUGGUAUCAAACAAAACUGGUCGACGAGAUUCAUAACACACUGUAUACUAAGGAUACCAAUGAGUUGUCUAUGGAUUACGAAAAACUACAGAAAAUGUCAUUUUUGGACGCAUUUAUCAAAGAAGUGAUGCGAGUUAACUGUUCGGUCACCCGGUAUAUAGAAGUCGACAGAAUCGUUACAAACGACACGUAUUUAGAGGGCAUUUAUUUGCCAAAAAACACGCCUAUUAUAAUACCCAUAUGGGCGCUGCACAUAGACCCUGAUCACUUUCCCGAGCCAAUGGAGUUUAAACCGGAACGUUUUCUACCCGACAAUAUUGAUACUAUCAAUCCGUAUACAUACCUACCCUUUGCCACCGGCCCUCGCAAUUGCAUUGGUUUUCGAUUUGCUUUAUUAGAGCUCAAGUAUACGUUAGUUAAGCUGUUGUGUAGAUAUGAGUUUGUGGCCUGCAAUGAGACCAAGAACUUGGAGUGCUUUAAUCAACUCAUUCAAUUAGCCAGUCUUAAACUGUUAACAAUAGGCCUAUUGUGGCAAAAGUGGCGGUUUUGGAAACGACAGGGAAUACCGACCGACUGGUCGGCCAGAAGUGGUCAACCCUUUCAUAUAUCAGACAACGAGUGCCACAGAAAACACGGCAAAGUUGUCGGUUUUUACGAAGGUUUGAGACCCUGUUUAUCAAUCACUGAUCCAAAUCUCAUACGCAAAGUACUGGUCACUGAUUUUCACAAGUUUGCUAACCACAGGGAACUUCCGGCCGACUCCGAGCCAAUAGGAAAGGGUGUAUUUUUCACGCCAUACCCUCAAUGGAAACGUAUCCGUGCGCUGCACUCCACAGCCUUCACCACCGGUCGCCUCAAAGCUAUGCUACCGAUAAUGUCGGACACGUUUGACCGGUUGGUCACUCUAUUGGACCCGAAAGCCCGGGACAGCCAAGUGGUAGACUUCCGCACAGUUUACGACUCGUUCACGUUUGACGUGAUUACUAGGGCUGUGGCNUCUAUUGGACCCGAAAGCCCGGGACAGCCAAGUGGUAGACUUCCGCACAGUUUACGACUCGUUCACGUUUGA